AUGUUACUCGGAGGACAGAAAUUGAGGCUCGACGGAAUUGUUCGAACUGUCAUUUCUCUUAAUUGCAACAGGUGUGACGAACCAGCUGCGCAGAGUAUCUACUCCGAUUUCUCACUUUUACUGUGUGAAGAACCCCUCCAAGAAUCCGAUACCAUAAACUUGGGUACGAUUUUCGGAGACGAGAAAUUAAAAAGCGUUGAAGCAGAAGACAGUGAUGAUAGCUUAAUCGACUUAGACGAUCAGUUAUAUUUUCCUCCAGACGAAAAAGUGGUCGAUAUUUCGAAGAAUAUAAGAGACCUUAUACAUGUGGAGAUCACCAUUACAGCUCUGUGUGGUCCUAAUUGUAGAGGAUUAUGCCUCGAUUGCGGCACUAAUCUCAACAUUAGUAAGUGUAUCUGUGGGAAGAAGAAGGUUCACGAAAAAGGCUACGGUGGGCCCCUCCGAGAUUUGAGAGAGCAAAUGCAGCAAACAUAA